GUGUAACUGACCAAUCACGUGCGGUGAAUGAUGGCUGAGUUUUCUUGCUGGUGAUCUUGACGAUAUUUCACACCAGUCGCUUUACAGACUGAAGUCCAGGGUGCUCUUGUAUAUUCUGUGGUUGUGCACAUACAAUUUUUGUUCAGAAUGAAACUGUGAAAAUGCGUAUUUAUUUUUCACAGUUAUCCAUCUGAUGACAUGUAUUCAAAGCGUCUUAAUUGGCCGACGUUUUAGUCAUUCUGUUGGGAAGUUUUGACUAACCUUAGGAUGGCGUUCUGGAGACAUGAGCAGAUUAUUUUGAUAGAUUGGCUCUUAACUUCAUCCCUGAUAAUGUCAGGAGUCUGUCUGCAGGUCGGCAAGGACAGAGGAAUAACAUCCUGUUUUCAAAAUCAUGAAACUGUCAUGUUCUCAGUGGAGAAAGGCGACUUCGGGUAUGUGACAUCAUACGAUUAUCCCGAUAACUACACCUCGGACUUCUACCUCGGACAUUCUUGUAAUGUGGAAAUUAGAGGCUGCAGCACGUGUAAAGUUAAGGUCACACUAGUUGACGUAAACUUCCCACAUUGUCCAGCUGUCCAGAGAUCCAAGCAUAGAAACUUAUGCAUACCUGGUUGUGACCACCUCCAGAUUCACGAAGUUGAUCAGCCGUACCGCACCAGAAACCUUCGGAAUUACCACACUGACGAGAACGACACGGAAUAUGUUUCUAUUUCCUCCAGUGUAAAAAUACGUCACUGUAUUUCAAACGGAACCAGUAUAACGGGCAAGCGCUUCCGGGUCAAGUACGAGGUAAUUGAGAAAGUUGAGCAAAUUAGAGGAACUGUGUCUUCAACGAUGUUCGGUGGUGACAGGGGAGAGAUAUCAUCUCCAAACUUCCCGGACCGGUAUGCUCUCAACGGAGAAACUUUCACUUACAUAAUAACCAACCUAGACCCGUAUGGAAGAAUCCGGAUAAUAUUUGACGAUUGGGAUUUAUCUUCCGUCAGUACUUUACAGGUAUAUGAUGGUCCACGAACAACUUCGCCAUCACAAGUUUACACUCGACAUGAGCGCCCCGUUUUGGUCUCCAAAUCGAGCACGAUAAUCCUCGUUUUCAAUACCGGAAGUUCGAAUCACCGGUGUUGCCAUCCCGUGGGUUGGAAAGCUAGCUAUCAAUUGGUUUCCAGUAGCCAGUGGAACACAAUGCCAAGUACGAAUUGUAGUAAAAUAAUCGAAUAUAAAUCUGGAGGUGUACUCAAUCUGGAUUACCUGACACCAAGCCUACCCAGAAUGUUUGACUGCAUCUGGAUAAUCAGAAAACCGGCUAAGAAAAACCCCGACGGAAUACUACUGAGGCUAACAAAAAUAGCGUUUGGUCAAGGGUGGGCAAAAUAUCCAGACAAUAGUCUAGAGAUAAUAAGCGGCACGACAUCAAGAGGUGAUAUAUUAGGGCGAUAUUCCGCUUCAAACAUGACUAUCGGUCAGUGGUUUAGCCCCGGUCCCAAUCUAUACAUAAGGCUGAGGGGUGCAUUGUCAGCUGAUGACCGCCUUAACUUCAUUUUUACAGCUGUGGAUAAUGUUACAGAAGUUGGGUGUCCAAGAAGCGGUGACUAUUUAUGUAAAAAUCUGUGGUGUAUUGAUAAAUCUCUAAGGUGCGAUACUGUUGAUCACUGUGGAGAUAAUUCGGAUGAGAGUCCUGACAAAUUAUGCCAAAUUGAAGAAAUAUGGAAAUUGGGAAUCAAAUGGAAACUUUCAGAUUCUACAGUAAAUGACCCGUGUGAAGGGAAUUUUAAAUGCGGUGGGAACAAAUAUGAUUGCCUGCCUAUGUCACGUGUGUGUGAUCGAAUCAUCGACUGCUUUGACGACUCGGAUGAAAAGUGGUGUGCUUACCAUUCCAAACAGCACAGGGAUAUAAGUUCCUCAACAUCUAGAAAUUUUAAUAUCAAUGGAUUUAUACAUACAAUAGGACUACUCAUAGUAUAUCUCUUUGUCACGUGACCAUUGACAAGGCAAUGAUUAACUGAAUAUCAUUUUCGUCGGUCAGCCCCGGACCAGAUCAUGAUGCCGGUACAUUCCAGUCGCAUGUAAAACUAGUCUCACAUAGAGCGGUAAAAGGUGAAGAAAAAACUUGUUCAAGAACACCACGCAGAUGAAAUAGAUAACGUGUGCGAGUCAAGAAGACAUUGUUUUCAAUUGUUUAAUACAUGCAGGAGUAACGAAAUUAUUGCUUUCAGUUGUUUUCAAUUGUUUAAUGCGUGCAUGUGUCAAGAAAACAUUGGUUUCAAUUGUUUAAUACAUGAAGGAGUAAAGAAAUUUAUUUGUUUCGGUUGUUUUCAAUUGUUUAUUACAUGCAGGAGUAAAGAAAUUUAUUGUUUUCGGUUGUUUUCAAUUGUUUAAUGCAUGCGUUUGUCAAGAAAACAUUGGUUUCAAUUGUAUAUUACAUGCAGGAGUAAAGAAAUUUAUUGUUAUCGGUUGUUUUCAAUUGUUUAAUGCGUGCAUGCGUCAAGAAAACAUUGGUUUCAAUUGUUUAUUACAUGCAGGAGUAAAGAAAUUUAUUUUUAUCGGUUGUUUUCAAUUGUUUAAUGCGUGCAUGCGUCAAGAAAACAUUGUUUUCAAUUGUUUACUACAGUGUGUUGAAAGAAGUUCUGAAGUUUUUCAAUAAAUAUGAUUACAUGACUUUAA